CACCGGUCAAGUUUCUUCUCUUUCGCUAUCCAGCCCUCCGAGCCAAGUAAGUGUCCCCUUCCUUCUCUACUUUCCCGGUCAUGUCUUCUCUUAGCGAUAGGAUCUCUUCCUCAGGGGACUGCUCCUCUGAGGACUCCAACUCUUCUUCUUCGACCGAGUCUUCUUCUCUUGACUCUACACCCGGUCAGGUUCCCAACUCCUCCGUCCCCGACCCGCAUCCUGUAAAUCAGGUGCCCGGUGAAACCUUUGAGGGGAGGGAUGACCCGGUUGAUGACGAACCGGGUCCCUAUGAUCCCGAACACGAAACCCGGGAUGCGUGGGAGGCGCGGCUUCAUGCUGCCGAUUACUUUCCACUCCCCACCUUCUACGUCCUUGACAUACCUUCCCGUGUAUCUAAAAUUGCCUUAAACAAAAUCUACUUGGAAGCUAACCUCGAGAUCCUCAUGCGCGGGGAUCCUCAAACCGGGAGGAUCUUCCAUCAAGGCAGCUGGGUUUGGAGGGUAGAGUCGGGUGGUGAGGGUACCUCCCAAGCCCAGGAAGCAGCGGGGCGCGGGGUACCCUCCCCGGGCAACACUGCAGAGGCCGAGGGCCAGAACCACCCAGAUAUGGAGUUUGAGGAAUUCGCCAUCCCUGACGACCAACCAGCCGGGGAGACCGGGGGCUCCCAAGCCAAUCCCGUCAGGACUUUCCUGGUCAAUCCAGAGACCGUGGAAAUCCUGGAUGAAGAUGAGCCCCAAGACAACCGGUCUAAGGGGAAGGAGAAGGAGAAGGCCGGUCGCCGGGUGAAGAAGGUGGCCACCACGCACCCUUCCUAUGCCAAGAAAAGGGCAAGGCCAGAUCCUGAGCCGGCCGGCCAGACCAUCGAGGAGGCCUUCAUCAAUCUGGGGCUGAGGCUGAAGGAGGCGGGGGAGAUCGGGCCGCAAACAGUGGACCGGUUGGGGAUGAGUUCCCCUUCUGAAGUCGACCGGCUGAAAAAGGAGAAGGAAGAGAUGGCACUCAUCCUGAGGAGCCAAGCUGAUGAGCUGAUCCGGCUGUCUGGGCUGGCCGGGGCAAUGAAGACCGAAAUCUCCCAACUGAAGGAGGAGAAUGGCCGGAUUCUAGACGAAGUCUCUGAAGCCAAGAGGGAAGCAGCGGAGAAGGAAGAAACCUUCCCCGGGCGUGCUGUCGCCUGGGUUGAAGAGAACAAAGCCGUUGCUGCCCAGGUGAUGACGGCGACGCCGGAGACCGCGAUGGAGUCCUUCAGGCUUCUGUACCGGGAGCCUGAAGGAAGGAGAAUGAUCACCGCGAUUGGAUCCUUCGGAUUCAAGAGUGGACAAAAGAAAGACCGGAUCGCCUCUCACCGGGUACUGCUUAGAAGAGACUCGAGCUUCAGCACGGCAUCUUACGGCCUGGCUCCAAUCCCAGAAGAGGAGCCCAUUCCCCCUUUCCCCUUAGAUUAGGAUCUCCCCGGCCUUGACCGGUUGUUCUUUGUAAAACUUCAAACUCAAUUCCCCGGGAAUGCCCGGUGUAACUGUAAAACAUUUAACAUUCUUAUUUUGUUUGAAUGCCAUGUUUUCUUUUCAUACCGGUUAAUCUUCCACGUCUGAUUGUUUGAUUUAUUUUUUGAUCUUGCUCCUUAGAAUACCAUCAUAGAAAUUCUGACCGGUACAUAAAUUAGGCCACUUCUC